AUGUGACCAGCUCAAACUAGUUUUGAGAAACAAAGAGCUGCUGAUAGAUAAGAGAAAAGCAAGUCUGAAAAAGCUAGUGACUCUAGGAGGAGCGUUUGCUACAGCACGAGAGACUGAGGAAAAGUUACAAGUGCCGUAAAGAAACGAGAACUAAACCAAAAUGCGUGGUCUCUUCUCAUUGGUUGUUGUCCUACUGGUGGUUCUGAUGGCAGUGACCUCAGAAGCUGGGAAAAAUAAUGAAGAUAAGGGAAAGGGCAAGGGCGGUUCUGACUGCAGUGAGUGGGUGUGGGGCCCUUGUGUGCCAAACCGUAGGGACUGCGGAGCUGGCUCUCGACAGGGCACCUGCCAAGAGGAGACCAAGAAACUCAAGUGCAGAGUUCCCUGCAACUGGAAGAAGGACUUCGGGGCUGACUGCAAGUACAAGUUUGGAAGGUGGGAGGAGUGUGACACUGUCACGGGUGUGAAGAAUCGUUCUGGUAUCCUCAAAAAGGCAAUGUACAAUGCUGAGUGCCUGCCGACCAUUCAAGUGUCCACGCCUUGCUCCCCCAAGACCAAGUCAAAGUCCAAAGACAAAAAGGGGAAGGGAAAAGAGAACUAAAGAUGUCUCGGCGAUGUACACGCAAUAAUUCCAUCUUCUCUCAGCUCCAGGCUCCACGCUACAGCACAAUCUUGCUUCCACCUCCCUCUUUGCCAGCAUUUCUGGACAACUGGCAUUGUGUAACUGGUAUUAUAGACCUGCCUCCUUUUUAAAAAAAAAAAAAAAAAAAGUGUAGACAAGACCAGUUCCUUUUUUUAAUUGUACAGUACUUUGUGUUUUUGUUUUAUCAGUUUUUGUAGACUGUCUUGUAUGUUAAACACAUAGGGGAAAAAUGUAACUGAUAGCAUAUUUUAAUUUUUUUUAUCAUGCUUCCUUUACAAACAAGAAUUUGGGGGGAGGGUGGGGGGGGGGAGAAAUGGAUUGGUGGUUAAUAAGAUUAUCCAGCAACUCGGUGGACAGUUAUAUAAAAUAUGGUACUUCCUAGAAGACUGAGCAAGUAGGCUGUUUGUUUUAAUUUUUAUGAUUUUUACAGAAAUAGUGUUUGGGUUAUUCACUUCCAGCCAUUAUUGGAAAGUUGUUAUAAUUUAAGUUUGUGUGCAAUUAGGUAGUGUUUUUUUUUUUUUUUUUUU